AUGGCCCUUUCAAGCGCAAUUUACAAUACUCUUUUCAAGAGAACAUCAACCUUCGCCCUGAUUAUUGUUGGAUCAGCGUUUUUCUUUGAAAGGGGCUUUGAUUUGGGAUGCGACACAUUUUUUGAUAGCUACAACAAAGGGAAACAAUGGAAAGACAUCAAGGGCAACUACUCCCAGUGA